AGUGCUCUUAACCACUGAGCCAUCUCUCCAGCCCCUAAUUGGUCUUACGAUUGAAGCAACUAGAGAGCAAACUUUAGGUUUGCAAAGCAAGUGGAUGGCUGGAUGUAUGAUGCUUGCUGUGCUGGCUCAGGCUUGCCCAGCCCACCCAGAAAGGGAAAACAGGCUGUGCGGCAUCAGGGUCCCCUGCAUCUCUCAAAUCUGGCCUUGUAGCCAUGGGUUAGAGCCUGGUCCCACCACACACUUCGUAGAUAAGGACAAUUUCUGUGGCUAUGAAACUUGUCUAGUUGAGCUUUUGUUAUUUAUCUUAUCAUUAAAUACAGUCAUCAGUAUUCAACACACUCCACCCUACAUCAGAACACAUACACAAUCACUCAAGUUCCCAGUGAAGAAGUUACUCUGAACCAGGUGUGAUGGCACAAACUACUAUACCCAGGCCAGAAGAGUUCAAGGUCAGCCUCCUGUAUAACAGAUCAGAGGUUGGCCUGAGCUACAUGAGACUCGGCUCCAAAACAACAACAACAACAACAACAACAACAACAUGGCAAGUUAGUGAGCCAAGCGUGAAGGAGCCAAAUGUCCCAUUUGAGGAACUGGUUAGAUUUUUCUAUUGCUUCAUGUAGCAUCAAGCUGUGGAACCAGAAGCUAGAGUGGCCCUGACCAACUCCCAAGCUUUCAGGACUGCCUCUAAAGGUAUGCCCUUCUCUCCAUCAGGUCAUCCAGGUAGAGCAGGUUAGCUCCCAGCAAUAGGAGAAGAAAAGCUUGCUUUUUAGUCAUGACCUGUCCCCAAUGGCUGCAAAGUGAUUUACCAACCAGAGGGAAAGUGACCUGGUGUUAUUAUCAUCACCAGCCCCUUGCUCCUCCCCUUCCCCUUCCCCAGAUAUAAAAUGUCAUGUGAACUCAGUGGUACAAUGAGCUAUUGUCCCUGCUGUUCAUGCAUCAGCACGGCAUGGGGCAGGUGUGUUCAUAUCUAGCAAAAUCAGGCUAUUGGUUGCAGGGGCAAAUGAUGCUUAGUUGCUUGCCUUCUUGCUUGCUGGCUUUUCUAAGAUCUGUUUGGUUUUAUGUGUGUACAUGCUUGUUUUGGUUGUGUGUAUGUUCGUAUUACCUGUAUAUAUAUGUGGCCUGGCGCCUCAGGAGCCAGAAGAGUUCACUGGAUUCCCGAAACUGGAGUUAAAAAUUGUUGCGAGCUAUCAUGUGGGUGCUGGGAACCGAACCUGGGUUCUUGCAAGAGCAUCGAAGUUCUCUUAACCUCUGAGCCAUCUGUGGAGCCCUGAUUUCCUUUUCCUUUCUGUGCUUAACAGUUCACUUCAUUGCUCCUGCCCACUCUGAGUUGGACUUCAAGGGGGCCUCUGAGUUACCAAGGGCACCUCGCACAAAGGGCCAGUCAUUUCACAGAAGCCCCAGUUCUCAGUGACAGCUAUAUUGUGCGUGUCAAGGCUGUGGUUAUGACCAGAGAUGACUCCAGCGGGGGAUGGUUCCCACAGGAAGGAGGCGGGAUCAGUCGUGUUGGGGUGUGUAAGGUCAUGCACCCUGAAGGCAGCGGACGAAGCGGCUUUCUCAUCCAUGGCGAACGACAGAAAGACAAACUGGUGGUAUUGGAAUGCUAUGUCAGAAAGGACUUGGUCUACACCAAAGCCAAUCCAACGUUUCAUCAUUGGAAGGUUGAUAACAGGAAGUUUGGACUUACUUUCCAAAGCCCUGCAGAUGCACGAGCCUUUGACAGGGGUGUGAGAAAAGCCAUUGAAGACCUUAUAGAAGGUUCAACAACCUCCUCUUCCACUCUCCAUAAUGAAGCGGAGCUCGGAGACGAUGACGUUUUCACGACAGCCACAGACAGUUCUUCUAACUCCUCGCAGAAGAGGGAGCCGAAUACAAGGACAAUCUCCUCCCCCACAUCUUGUGAGCACCGGAGGAUUUAUACCCUUGACCCAUAUCCCAUGGACCAUUACCACCCUGACCAGCGGUUGCCGCGGUCCUACCCCCAGGUCACCUUCCCAGAAGAUGAUGAAGAAAUUGUACGCAUCAACCCCCGAGAGAAGAUCUGGAUGACCGGUUACGAAGAUUACCGGCACGCGCCGGUUCGCGGCAAAUACUUGGACACCACAGAAGACGCAGACUCCUACGUGCGCUUUGCCAAGGGCGAAGUCCCCAAACACGAAUAUACCUAUCCCUAUGUUGAUUCUUCGGACUUCGGCUUCGGGGAGGAUCCCAAAGGUAGCGUGAUCAAGACACAGCCGCCCAGGGCCAAGUCCCGUCGGCGGAAAGAGAACGGCGAACGGUCGCGGUGUGUGUACUGCAGGGAUAUGUUUAAUCACGAAGAGAACCGAAGGGGCCACUGCCAAGAUGCUCCCGACGCCGUGAGAACUUGCAUUCGCCGGGUGAGCUGUAUGUGGUGCGCGGACAGCAUGCUGUACCACUGUAUGUCCGACCCCGAGGGAGACUACACUGAUCCUUGUUCGUGUGACACAAGCGAUGAGAAGUUUUGCCUCCGGUGGAUGGCUCUAAUUGCCUUGUCUUUCUUGGCCCCGUGUAUGUGCUGUUACCUGCCCCUCCGGGCCUGUCACCACUGUGGAGUGAUGUGCAGGUGCUGUGGUGGGAAGCACAAAGCCGCCGCGUGACUCGGUUCCCCUACUUUCUGCUUCUCCAUCCACAGCCAUAGGCAACUUGUCUCUUGCGCACUCCCCCAUCUUCUCCCUGGUUCCCUUCCAACUCCAAAAGGCUAGGCCAAUAAGAGGAGGCCAGGCUCCGUGGUCCCUCGGUGACAUCAUUCCAAACCUGGGGCAGCUGCCGCCCCCUGUGUCAGCCACAUACCCCCUCCGCAGUGUUCUGAGGAAAAGAGCCUUCCUUCGGCAUAGACUCGUGUAUUUUACCAGCCUGUAUCAUGCUGUCUUUCCUGAGUGUUGGUUUCCUGCUCCUCCCUCCCAUCUUUCUGGUUCUGCAAACUUGGGGGGGAGGGGUAUUGAUAUCCUCCUCCUCCCCCCCCCGCCCCCCCCCCCGCUCCGUGACUUUUUUUUUUCCUCCCAAUUGGGCUUGCCUGUCGCUAACUAGCAUAGGUCCCUCAGAGAUGUGACAGAAUGAUGAAGCCAGUACCACAGCAUGUUGUUAUGGGAGGAGGCGAUCUGGAUAGCAAGCAUGUAGCACAAAACAAUAGUACUUUAACUCCUAAGGCCAAGUCUCCCCAUCAGCCGGGUUUGUCUUUAACCUGCUCUCAUCUCUUCUCCUGCCCCCCCCCCCCCAGUUAAUCCACUAAUGCAAAACAAUCACUUUUUAAAUGACUUUUUGAGCCUUAAAUCCAUAUUAACUUGUAAGAAUCAAGAAAGAAUUCCUCAAGUCACUUUGCAUCCUCUUGGACCAGAGCUUGCAAGGGGACUUGGGUUUCUGUGAGCUUGCCCAGUUUACCCGUAAAAUAGGACUUUUUAGAAUUGGCAUUGCCACUUCUAAAAUCCUAGCAAUACUUAGAAUAAUACAUCCAUGAUAUAAAUUUUACUCAAUUAUUUUACAAACCAAAUCGAAUUAUUCAAACACAAACCAGUGUUCUGUGAACAAGUUCCAGUUGCAAAACACUGAAGUUAUGAAUGAAACUGUAGCCAUUCCCUGCCCCUGCACUAUAUAUUUCAGGGUGCGUUUUAAAUACUAUUGAUUCAAACACUGGUGGCUUGCAUUUUUUUAGGUAUAUAUUUUUGGUUGGUUUUUUUUGGGGGGGUGUUUUGUUUUUUUAGUUUGAGGCUCAAUUCUUCAUUUAUACUUGAAAAAAACAAGGCCAUAUGUAAA